AUGAUGGACGAUGCCGCAGUCCUUAAAAAAAGAGGCUAUGUCAUGGGAGGAAAUUUAGGAGAAGGCUCUUAUGCGAAGGUGAAAUCGGCUUUCUCUGAACGUCUCAAGUUCGAUGUAGCUGUUAAAAUCAUUGACCGGAAAAAAGCUCCUUCAGAUUUUCUGGAGAGGUUCCUUCCAAGAGAAAUUGACAUCUUGGCCAGAGUCAACCACCGGUCCAUCAUCAAAACCUAUGAAAUCUUUGAAACUUCAGAUGGCAAAGUUUACAUUGUGAUGGAGCUUGGCGCCCAAGGCGACUUGCUGGAAUUCAUCAAGACCAAAGGGGCGCUGCCUGAAGACAUUGCCCGGAAGAUGUUCCGUCAAUUAUGUGGUGCCAUUAAAUACUGCCACGACAAUGACAUUGUCCAUCGAGACUUGAAAUGCGAAAAUCUUCUCCUGGAUAGAGAGUACCGAAUCAAACUUUCCGACUUUGGCUUUUCGAAACGUGUGGUUCGGGAUGAAGAAGGCAAAAUUAUAUUGAGCAAAACCUUCUGUGGCUCUGCUGCUUACGCGGCUCCAGAAGUACUGCAAGGCAUUCCCUACGAGCCCAAAGUUUAUGAUAUAUGGAGUCUAGGGGUCAUUUUGUAUAUCAUGGUCUGUGGCUCCAUGCCUUAUGAUGACUCGAACAUUCGGAAAAUGCUGCGGCUCCAGAAGGAACACAGGGUUCACUUCCCCAAGUCCAAAAUCCUCACUGUUGAAUUGAAAGAUCUCAUUUACCGCAUGCUCCAGCCUGAUGUGGGACGGCGUUUACGCAUUGAAGAUGUGUUAACCCACAUGUGGAUGCAGCCCCCACCUAAGCCCCGAAGUUCGGAUGGGAAAGAAGGUGAGUGCUCCCGGACUUUGACCGAACACAGGACAGCAUCGAGGAUAGAAGCAGAACCAGAGGCCAGACCAGGACCAUCUCCAGCCCAAAUGGAGCGAGAAGACGCAGCAGCCGAAAAGGGGAAACGGGAUGACACAGAGUUUGAGGUAACAGACCUCUAA